CGCUCCCGUCCGAUGGGUUUUCGCCAGAAGAAGAAGAAAGAUCUGGGACUGAAUUGGCCGGUACGACUGUAGCCUCUGAACGGGCUCCAAGACAGCACCUGCAUACAUCAGCCGCCGUUGACCGACCGCGACUUCCCGAGAAGUCAAACAGUUGGAUUUUCGGGCAUACCUUGCAAGCCUUCUCUCGCGCGGCAUAUCCCCGCUCCUUCCCACAGUCAUGAAAUUUUCCCUCGCUACAGCCUGCCUUCUGGGCACGGCUCUCGCUGUUCGGGAAGACCACCUCGUGAGCCGGAGACUUAACAAACGGUUUAUCGACGACGCCGGCAACUACAACAUCUCCUUCUAUCACAUCAACGAUGUACACGCGCACCUGGACCAGUUUUCCAAGUCCGGCACCGACUGCACGCGUCCGGAGGCGGGUUGCUAUGGCGGUUACUCGCGUGUCAAGACGGUGCUCAAGGAGACGCGACCGUCGCAUCCCGACUCCCUCCUCCUCAACGUCGGCGACGAGUUCCAGGGUACCAUGUUCUUCAACUUCUACGGCGGCGAGAAGAUCGCCGAAACCAUUAACCAGAUCGGCUUCGACGCCAUGACCCUGGGCAACCACGAGUUUGAUCGGGGCGACGACUACCUGGGCGAGUUCCUCGAGAACCUGACCUUCCCCAUCCUCGUCGCCAACAUCGAAUCGGACAACGAGGUCCUCAACCGCACCAUCAAGCCCUUCCACAUCUUCCCCGAGUACGACCUUGCCGUCAUUGGCGUCACGACCGACACGACGCCGGGCAUCUCCAACCCCGGCAAGGGUACCAAGUUUAACAACCCGGUCGCCGCGGUCCAAAACACUGUCGACCUGAUCCGCUCAACAACCAACAUCACCCGCCUGGCGGCCAUCACCCACAUCGGCUACGAAGAGGACCAGCGCCUGGCAAAGGAAACGACGGGCCUGUAUCUGAUCAUGGGCGGUCACAGCCACACGCCGCUGGGUGAUUUCGAGGGCGCCGUCGGCCCGUAUCCCACCAUCGUUGAGAACAAGGAUGGCGAAGAGGUGUUUAUCGUCACCGCGUACCGCUGGGGAGAGUACUUGGGCUAUAUCGACGUGACGUACGACGCCGACGGCAAGAUCCUGGCCUACCACGGCGCCCCUAUCCACCUCACCAACGCGACGGCCCAGGAUAAGGACCUGCAGGAGCAGAUUAACGAGUGGCGCGGUCCGUUUGAGGAGUACGCCAAGGAGGAGAUCGGAUAUAGCAAUGUUGUUUUGGACCAGACGACGUGCCAGGAACAGGAGUGCCUGCUGGGCGAUUUUGUUUCCGAUGCCUUGCUCACUUACCGUCUCAACGCGAGCACUUCUGAGACAGCGCCUGCUUUUGCUCUCGUCAAUGCCGGUGGCGUCAGGGCCACGAUCGACGACGGGCCAAUCACCCGCGGCGAAGUCCUGACGGCCUUCCCCUUUAGCAAUUCCGUCGUUGAGGUGACUGUGACAGGCGAACUACUCUGGAAGGUCCUCGAAGGUAUCAUCUCCGGUGUGAACGUGGACAAUGGCAAGCCGGUCACAUCGUUCCUGCAGGUUUCACGCGGCAUCCGGAUCGAAUACGGCCCGGCUUCUGCUAACGGCACCGACAAUGUGCUCGUUUCGGUUACCAUCGGAGAUAAGUCGUUGGAUAAGGCGGCCGAGUACAAGAUUGUCACUGUGGACUUUGUGGCCGGCGGAGGAGAUAACAUGUUCAGUACUCCAUUCGAGAACCUGGUGACCCUGGACGCCGUGGAUGAGGUCCUGGUUCGGCAUAUCCAGGCUACAUCGCCCGUGGACAUUGCCCUGGACGGGCGGCUGACCAAGGUGAGCCGCUGCAAGGCAAGCAGGGCGGUCAGGAUGGAGAGGGCGCGGAGGGCCAAGAGGAACUAAUAGGAAUGCUCUCUUUCUUUUGUAUGUAAUCAUAGCCUUGCUUAUCUCACCGCAGAAUGAAGAUUAAUAAAUAUUUAGUGACACAAUU